AUGUACACUUCUCUGCAGGUGAUUGCAGUCAUCACCAUCGAUGUUCUCAUUCAAGACUUUGUCAGAAAUGGGGCAACGAGUGGGCCGGCACGAGCCACUGCUAACGCCGCCAUAUUCUUCUUGCUGAUGAUCAUCUAUUUGGUCUGCUCACUCGUCCUCAUUUAUGCUGCAGAAAAAGUGAAAUCAGAGAAAGCUCCACUUGCCAUGGCUGAUUGUACACCCACUGGUAACGGUGGCAUUGAUGGCCGUAAUGGGAGUCGCAAACACUGGACCCAUAUCCGGCGAUUUCAACAUCUACUCCUAUCUGCUAGUGACCCAUUCCUCCUACAAUGUAGGGGUCAUACAGAUGUUCAUCAUAUUAUGGUUCCUGAUCUACUUGUGGGUGGUGGUGGUCGCAAAUUACCAGAAGCUCGGAACGCAGGGCACCACGCAGCCACUCAGCAACUGGCGAGGCUAGUGCCUCCCUCGAAGGAAUUCCUAAGAAACGCGGAUCUCCUGGGCCGCGCCAUCCGAACGCCAUCUCUGAUUCGUUUCCUGUGUAGCCGGAUGAUGCACACACAUUAUUCGAAGGAGUGACAUUUUCACCAUGCAAGUUCAUAAAUUGAAGGAAUUUUAAAUUGCACAGCCUUGAAUAAGGCUGCAAGAAUAGAGUACAAAGAAAGAGGGUAAGACAAAAACCAUCGGCCAAGCAUGUAUCACAGGAAUAGGUUUUUAAUUUUUUUAGAACGCCAAAUCUUGAAUGUGCUAACCCCUCUCCAGGGAAAAAAGAAGUCUACGUCCGAAUAUAUAAAAGUUCAGGGGUUGUGUGCCUUAUCCAUGAAUGUUACUU